AUGGCGUUCCUUCAAUAUCUCUUCUUCUGGAACUUCAAAGAGCCGGAGAGUAACAAAUGGCGUCCAGAACCGGGCGGCAACCCAACAAAGUACAUCGACAAUCUUCCCAAUAUCCUGAAGCGGACGGACCUCGAAGCAACGGUAGUCGAUGUAGCACCUUUCGUUGCAGGAGCUGGAAGCCUGGCACACGUCUCUCAAAUUCACGACUUUGGGUUCACGGCACCAGCGAGUGUCUUGCGGAAUGUGAAGACGAUGACGGCUAUGCAUCGCACAACGCUGUACCUUACACCGCUGAUUCUCGUCUGUCAAGCCGUCGGGUUCCAGUAUCGAGACUUCAUCCCUCGCUUUGCUCAUGAGAGGGAACUCAGGAGACAUGAGGAGGAAGUCAGGAAGCAUGUUGAUGCGGGGAUGUACUUGGGAGGGGGCAUCUACGCCCUGAGGAUGGGCUUCAAGGUUGGCGCUCGGUAUUGGGCGCCAAUAGAUGUCGUGAUGGGCGGGGCGCUGGCGGACCUGCUGCAGAGAGAGUAUAUCAAGGCGCAUGGGUUCUGA